AUGAAGUCGCAACCUUCGUCCAACGCUUCGUCUAGUGUCAAUCACCAAACGGGAAGUAAUAGGCCAUCGGGUGGUUCAGCGGCUAGCUCCAGGCCAGGUUGGAGACCCUACCAUGGUCGUUGGGCUGCGAAGGUGGCAUAUUGGGAUCGCAAUGAGACCCCCCGCGAGGGGGCGAUUACACCCCAUAAACAGGCGUCUCAGCGGGGUCAUCCAUUGCAGGAUCAAAACACUUCAGGAAAGAAUCUGAAGGGUUCAGCGGAUGUCGGUGAUGGCCAAUGGCGUCGGCCACAUUUUCCGCGGAGCGAUGCACCAUCCUCAAAGCCGCCUAGGCCGCAGGGUGACAAUAGCCCGACUACUUCUCCGGCGAACAAUGGUCUAGCCAACUUCCCAUUGAUGAACCCGUUCGCCGUGUUUGACGGAUUCCCUCCGCCAGCGAAUUCCUCAACAUUUCAGCUACCAGCUUUCCCGCCCAACCUGUCAGAACAAUCGCGACCACAGUUUCCUCCACCAAUUGAUCCUUCCUUACCGAACCCUCCAUUUUUUCCGUUGCUCGGUAGUGGGAAUGCAUUCAUGACUAUGCCGCCGAUUUUACCACCUCUUAUGAAUUUUGACAUGUUGAAUCAAGCAAUGAUGAACCCUAUGUUAAACACUCCUGAAGCGAUGAAGAUGACUACUUCAGCUGGCUUCACAGCUUCCGGCGCUACUCGGACCAAUCAGAAAAGAUUAAAAGGGGGCCAGGUCGACGACACUCAGCGUCGGGCUUCCAAAGCGCCUCGACCUCCUUCAGCAACGAAGAAGUACCUCGACCAAGCAUCUUUACCACCCAGGGAAUCAUCAUCCCCACAACCUUUGCUCGUAAUCCUUGACCUCAACGGUACUCUGAUUUAUCGAAAGACAAGGAAAUUCCCGCCAUCAUUCUCUAGAAGAGUCGGUCUGGACGACUUCUUGAAAGUACUCGUGGAGAAGUACAAGGUCAUGAUUUGGUCUAGCUCACAGCCACCAACAGUAGCCGCAGUCUGCGAACAGCUGUUCUCAGAAUCCCACAGGAAGAAGCUCGUCGCGGAAUGGGGUCGUGAUAAACUAGGCCUUUCAAAGUCGGAAUAUAACACUAAAGUUCAAGUCUACAAGACUCUAGAAACCGUUUGGUCCAGCAAACAGAUUCAAGCAUCACAUCCGGGCCGAGUCAAUAAGGGCAAGAAGAAAGGUCCUCGUUGGGACCAGAGCAACACCGUCCUCAUUGACGACAGCAGACUCAAAGCUGUCAGCGAACCCUACAACCUCAUCGAGAUCCCAGAAUUUACCAACAACCCCAAUGUGGAUGAGUCUGCUAUUUUCCCCAAAGUCCUCCAGCGCCUUGAAAUCCUCGCCAUGUGCGACGACGUUAGCAAAAUGCUGUGCCACUGGGCCACCGCGAAUCCAAAGACAAGCGUUCUUGAUCUCGAUCUCGGACCCGUACAUUUACUUCAUUAUCCCAAUCCCACCUCUGAUGCCGGCCCCGGCGUUGGGCUUGUUGACAAAACCCCAAAUCGCAACUCCGAAUUUGACCCAGCCGAACAGCGUCGAUUAAACCGCAAAACACGCAAACUAGAGAAGAAGGCUGCCCGUAGAGCCGCAGCCAAUUCUGCCGCCAAAGCACUCGCAUCCACAUCCGCCGGCCCCUUGCCACAGGGUGCUCGGCCAAACCUGAACCUGGACUCGAAUCAAAUUACAGACAAAUCGGAGGAACAAUUACAGACAGUUGUCAGUGUGGGUUCGAAUUCAAAUGACUCACAGCAGCUGCUGCAGAGAUCACCAUCUCCUGCAUCAUCUGUUCAAUCGGGGAAUACACUUCUGGAUCUAUUAGAGGAAUCAUUGACUUAA